AUGAACCCUAAUUCUUCUUCUUAUAAUCUCACGAUUACUCCCAUUUUCGUCUCCUCUUCUUGUUCCAGAAGUCAUGAGCUUCCGGUUUCACGGAGGCUUCUUUCCUUGAGAGAUGUUCAGAUUCUUGAGCUCUUUAUAGCACUUUUCGUGUUUGUCACGAUACAUGCCUUGCGACAGAAGAAACGUCAAGGGAUACCGGUUUGGCCGUUUCUCGGGAUGCUUCCUUCGUUGAUUUUCGCAGUCCGGGGCAACAUCUACGAAUGGUUAUCCGAAAUUCUUAUCGGCCAGGAUGGGACUUUCCGGUUUAGAGGUCCUUGGUAUAGCAGUCUCAACAGCGUCAUUACUUGCGAUCCAAGAAACGUCGAGCAUCUUCUCAAGACCCGUUUCUCAAUCUAUCCUAAAGGUUCUUACUUUCGUGAGACCAUCCGAGAUCUACUCGGAGACGGAAUAUUCAACGCCGAUGAAGAAACGUGGCAGCGGCAAAGGAAAACAGCGAGCGUCGAGUUCCAUUCAGUUAAAUUCAGGGAAUUAACCAGUCAAUCUUUGCAAGAACUUGUGCAUAAUAGACUCUUGCCGGUUCUAAAAACUUCAAAAAAUAUCGAUCUUCAAGACAUUUUGUUAAGACUAACGUUUGACAACGUAUGUAUGAUUGCUUUCGGCAUCGAUCCAGGCUGUCUUGGUCCAAAUCUACCUGAAAUUCCUUUCGCAAAAGCGUUCGAGGAUGCAACAGAAGCAACAGUUUUGCGAUUUGUCAUGCCUACAUUCGUGUGGAAGCUCAUGAGGUUUCUUGAUUUAGGAACAGAGAAGAAGCUAAAGGAAUCAAUAAAAGGUGUGGAUGAUUUUGCUGAGAAAGUAAUCCGAACCAGGAAGAAAGAGCUCUCUCUAGAGACCGAAAUUGCAAAGAAAUCAGAUCUCUUAACAAUUUUUAUGGGUCUAAGAGACGAAAAUGGAGUGAAAUUUUCGGAUAAGUUCUUGCGAGAUAUUUGUGUGAACUUCAUACUUGCUGGGAGAGACACUUCCUCUGUGGCUCUAAGCUGGUUUUUCUGGAUAAUCGAGAAGAAACCGGAGGUGGAAGAGAGAAUCAUGGUGGAGAUUUGCAAGAUUAUGGAGCAGGGAGAUCAUCAUGGAGAUACAGAGAAGAAGAUAGACUAUGAGCCUGUGUUCAGACCAGAAGAGAUCAAGAAAAUGGAAUAUCUACAAGCUGCUUUGUCUGAAACUCUCAGAUUGUAUCCUUCUGUUCCAGUUGAUCACAAAGAGGUACUCGAAGACGAUGUAUUUCCAGAUGGAACAAAAUUAAAGAAAGGAGAAAAGGUUAUAUACGCGAUUUACGCAAUGGGACGUAUGGAGACGAUUUGGGGAAAAGACUGUCGUGAGUUCAGACCAGAGAGGUGGUUAAAAAAUGGUCGGUACAUGACUGAGUCAGCCUAUAAGUACACGGCCUUCAAUGGAGGUCCUCGGCUCUGUCUAGGCAAAGAUUUUGCUUAUUACCAGAUGAAAUAUGUUGCGGCUGCGAUCAUUUAUCGGUAUAGGGUCAGGGUUGACGUGAAGAGUAGUCAUAAGGUUGAGCCAAAGAUGGCUCUAACUAUGUACAUGAAGCAUGGCUUGAAGGUGAAUAUGAUCAAGAGGAGUGACUCUGAGAUAGACCACUACCAUGCUAAGUGCCAUAAUAAUGGUGCAUAG